AUGUUGCGCAGAUUCUCUACCCAGUUCAAGAGGAACAAGGAUUCCAAUGGCGACGCCGAGCAGCCCAAGAGUUCCAAGGAGAACAGCAAGCGCUUCUCCAAGGCCGCACAGCCCUCACGCAAGUCUGCCUCUCACGAGGAGAAGCACCACACCGUGAACCGCGCCGAAGUCGUCGCUGUUUUCGACAAGUAUGCACAGGCCAUUCACGCCUCACGCGAGCCCUUACCCAACCAGACCGGUGAUGGCACCUAUCUCAAGCAUGACCAGUCCUCGGGUCUGUUCAAUGACAUCAAGUCGCUCGGUUUCCGCGACCUCAACACCGUCAAGGACCUGAUCAAGACGAAAGCUACCGGUGAACUGAUCGAUGACAAGACCUACCUUAUGGAGCGCAUCAUUCAGCUUGUCGCCGACAUGCCCGGCCACUCCAAACACCGUGUCGACCUCACUAAUCAGUUCUUGGACGAGCUCUGGGACUCUCUUCCCCAUCCCCCUCUCUCAUUCAUGGGCGACGACUACAAGUACCGCUCAGCGGACGGCUCCAAUAACAACCCUACCCUUCCAUGGUUGGGCGCUGCUAAUACCCCCUAUUGCCGCACCAUCCCUCCCUUGACCAUUCAGCCCACCGGUCUGCCCGACCCUGGCCUGCUCUUCGAUAGCCUCUUUGCUCGCCAGAAGUUUAACCCUCACCCCAACAACGUGUCUAGUGUUUUCUUCGACUGGGCUUCGCUCAUCAUUCACGACAUUUUCCAGACCGACUACCGCGAACAGCACCUCAACAAAACCUCUUCCUACCUUGAUCUCUCCAUUCUGUACGGUGAUGUCAAGGAGCAGCAGGACCUGAUCCGUUCUCACCAGGGUGGUAAGCUGAAGCCCGACUGCUUCUCCGAGGGCCGUUUGCAAGCCCUCCCUGCUGCGUGCGGUGUCCUACUGGUUAUGCUUAACCGUUUCCACAACCAUGUUGUGGAGCAGCUGGCAGAGAUCAACGAGAACGGCCGCUUCACCAAGCCCCGUGAUGGUCUGCCUGAGGAGGAAGCUAAGAAGGCCUGGGCCAAGUACGAUGAGGAUCUGUUCCAGACUGGUCGUUUGAUCACUUGCGGUCUGUACAUCAAUAUCACUCUGUACGACUACCUCCGCACCAUUGUCAACCUGAACCGCACCAACUCCACCUGGUGCUUGGAUCCCCGCGCGCAGAUGGAGAAAGCUGGUGCCACUCCCUCCGGUCUCGGUAACCAGUGUUCGGUCGAGUUCAACCUGGCCUACCGCUGGCACUCUACCAUUGCUCAGGGUGACGAGAAAUGGAUUGAGCAGGUCUACUUUGAUCUCAUGGGCAAGCCCGCUGAGGAAGUUAGCAUGCACGAGCUGCUGAUGGGUAUGAAGAAGGUCGACAGCCUGCUUGACCCCGAUCCGUCCAAGCGUACAUUCGCCCGUCUGCAGCGUCAGGAGGACGGAACCUUCAAGGAUGAGGAGCUUGUUCAGAUCCUGACUCAUGCCUGCGAGGAUGUUGCCAGCUCCUUUGGCCCCCGUAACAUCCCCAAGGCCCUCCGUUCCAUCGAGAUCCUUGGUAUUGAGGCUUCCCGUAGGUGGCACGUUGGUUCCCUCAACGAGUUCCGUAAGCACUUUGGCCUUAAGACCUACGACACUUUCGAGGAGAUCAACUCCGACCCCGAGAUUGCCAACAAUCUGCGCCAUCUAUAUGAGCAUCCCGACUACGUUGAGCUGUACACCGGUAUCAUUUGCGAGGAGCCCAAGGAGCCCAUGAUCCCUGGUGUCGGUAUCGCCCCGACAUACACUAUCUCGCGUGCUGUGCUGUCUGAUGCCGUCGCACUGGUCCGUGGUGACCGUCACUACACUAUUGACUAUAACCCUCGUAACCUGACUAACUGGGGUUACAAUGAGUGUCGCUACGACUUGAACAUAAACCAGGGCUGUGUCUUCUACAAGCUGGCCACCCGAGCCUUCCCCAACUGGUUCAAGUCCGACUCUAUCUACGCUCACUACCCUAUGACCAUUCCUAGCGAGAACCGCAACAUCAUGAAGAACCUGGGUCGUGAGCAGGACUACUCCUACGACCGCCCCUCGUUCACGCCCUCGCGUAUCAACCUCUCCUCUCACCAGAACGCCAAGCUGGUCCUGGAGAACCAGAAAGACUUCAAGCCGGCAUGGAGCAGCUCUAUGGUGGAGCUGUUUGGGAAGGGCGAGUUUGAUGCUGAGCAGCACGAGGCUAUGGGUAAGGCCUUUAGCACCGAGGAUUUCCCUAUCUUGGUCAAGAAGUUCUAUGAGGAUGUUACUCUUCGCCUGAUUAAGGAGAAGGGUGCUAAGCUGGCUGGUAUCAACCAGAUUGACAUUACUCGCGACGUUGGCAACCUUGCCCACAUCCACUUUGCCUCGACCCUUUUCGGUCUUCCUCUGAAGACCGAGCAGAACCCUCGUGGCCUCUUCACUGAGCAUGAAAUGUACAUGAUCCUCACCACCAUCUACUCUGCUCUCUUCUUCGACGUGGACGCUACCAAGUCGUACUCCCUGAAUCACGCUUCCACUGCCGUUUCUCAGCAGCUCGGCAACGUCGUCGAGGGCACCGUCAAGGCUGAUACCAACAGCGGCUUGCUAUCUGGUCUGAUGGACAACUUCCGUCCCCAUGAUAAUGCCCUCCGAGAGUACGGUACCGCUGCUCUCCGUCGUCUGGAGGAGUCUGGUCUGAGCGCUUCCCAGAUCACUUGGUCCCAGAUCAUUCCGACCAUCGUCGGUAUGGUCCCCAACCAGAGCCAGGUCUUCACCCAGAUCAUCGAGUACUAUACCUCGCCCGAGGGCAAGAAGCACUGGGCCGAGAUCAACCGUCUCGCCAAGCAGGACACUAAGGAGUCCGACGAGACAUUGUACCGCUACUGCUUGGAGGCCAUCCGUAUCAACGGCACUUUCGGCGCUUACCGCCAGGCUCAGAAUGCAGUCACUGUCGAGGAGAACGGCAAGACGAUCGAAAUCCAGCCUGGUAACAAGAUCUUCGCCUCCUUCGUCCAGGCCAACCACGACCCCAGCAUCUUCCCCGAGCCCAACGAGGUCAACCUCGACCGCCCUCUUACCUCGUACAUCAAUUACGGCCAGGGUCCCAGCACUGGCUUCGGCCAGGAGAUUACCAAGAUUUCUCUGGUCGCCAUGCUGCGUGUCGUCGGUCGUCUUGAGAACCUCCGUCGCGCGAUGGGCGCCCAGGGCCAGCUUAAGAAGAUUCCCCAGGAGGGCGGUUACUACGUCUAUCUCCGCCAGGAUGGUACCUCGUACUUCCCCUUCCCAAUGUCUCUCAAGCUCCACUGGGAUGGCGAGUUCGACUUCCCCAAGCCCCAACCUGCGAAGAAGAACUAA